AUGGCGGGAACCAACACUAAUGACUGCCCCAUUUGUCUUCAGCCAUUUCUUCAACCCGUGAAAAUUCCGUGUGGCCAUGUAUUUUGCUAUCUUUGCAUCAAAGGCUCUGCUUCUCAUCGACGCCGAUGUCCUCUGUGCCGUGGGGUUCUCAGCAUGAAUUUUUUUGAAAACCCUAAUGUUAUUCAUAGCUCGUGUGAAUCUGAAAUGACUGAACGCUCGCCUUUGGAAUUCAUUUGGUACUAUGAGGGCCACAAUGGUUGGUGGCAAUAUGACGAGAGAACAGCAAGUGAAAUAGAAGCUGCUUAUCUUCAGUCCCUUCCUCAGUGUGAUGUGUUCAUUGCGGGCCACUUCUACGUCGUCGACUUUGCCAACAUGUGUCAGUAUCGUAAAGACCAUUCUGGACGCAAUCGCCGCAUUAAGCGUGACUCGGUGGACAUAUCAAAGAAGGGCAUUGCGGGCAUUCGCCUCUCACUCAUCCAGUCUUUAGAGACCAGUGAAGAGGGCGUCAUUGAGAGAAGUAUGGAAGGCGAGAUCGAAUAA